AUGAAUAGGGGUCGCAGGGAGGACCUAUUUACACAAACCUACAAUCACAGCUCCAAUGCAUUCCCUCCACAGCUUCCGCUGGAACCAACUUACGAAUCCCUUCCACUCGCCUCCUUAAACGAAAUCAAAGUCGAUAGGCAUGGUAGUCCACCUGGUACGACUGUGUAUGAGUGUUCUGUUUCAUGCAUAUGCUUGCCUGAGCAGGUCGGCAACCAGUUGGCGGACGAGCAGCCGAACUUGGAAGCACCUAUCGUUGAGAGAAUCGCACAAAUGAAGACCCAAUGGGACAACCUGAUCCAAUCCAUCCACACCUCCCUUAGCCAGCUUGGCGAAGAGAACAGAGCAGACUUCGAAAGCCAUAAAGAUACCAUCCAUCUUGUACGCUCACAGGCAGUAGCUGCACUUCUGACGGGCCCAUAA